CCUCCUCCUCCUCCCCGCCUCCCUCCGCCCUGGCAGCGUUGGGGGCUUCGUGAGGGGCCGCGGGCGCUCAGCGGCGGCCGGGCCCGGGCUGAGCCUCCCCGCGGCCGUCACGGCGCUCGGGGCAGCGUCCCCUCACUCCCGAGCGGCUCUCGAUCGUUUAACCCACAGUGGUUUCAGCAGCCAAUAAUUUGAAUUUAAAAGGAAAAAAAAAAAAAAUGAUGUCGAGACAAGCUUUCCUCUGUGGUUUGGGAUCUCUUUAUUUAUCCCUCCUGUUCAUCUUCCUUUUGAUGGAUGUUUAUGCCAGGCCUGCAAAUAAUUCCGUGCUCAAGGAAAAAGCAGCUGACAGCAAAGAUGAGAACGAGAUCCUGCCCCCAGAUCACCUGAACGGGGUCAAAAUGGAGAUGGAUGGACACCUCAACAAAGAAUUCCAUCAGGAGGUUUUCCUGGGAAAAGAGAUGGAGGAAUUCGAGGAGGAUUCAGAACCCAGAAGGAACAGGAAGAAGCUGAUGGUGAUUUUUUCAAAGGUGGAUAUAAAUAAUGAUAAAAAAAUCAGUGCCAAGGAAAUGCAGCGUUGGAUCAUGGAAAAAACAGACGAGCACUUCCAGGAAGCCGUGGAGGAGAACAAAAUGCAUUUCCGAGCUGUGGACCCUGAUGGGGAUGGCCACGUGUCCUGGGACGAAUAUAAAAUUAAAUUCUUGGCAAGCAAAGGCUUCAAUGAAAAGGAAAUUGCAGAGAAAAUCAAAAACAACGAGGAGUUGAAAAUAGAUGAAGAAACGCAGGAAGUGCUGGAUAACCUGAAGGAUCGCUGGUACCAGGCUGACAAUCCCCCCCCGGACCUGCUGCUGACCGAGGAGGAAUUCCUGUCCUUCCUGCACCCCGAGCACAGCAGGGGCAUGCUGCAGUUCAUGGUCAAGGAAAUCAUCCGCGAUUUAGAUCAGGAUGGAGAUAAGAAACUCACCCUGUCAGAAUUCAUUUCUUUGCCUGUGGGCACUGUGGAGAACCAGCAGGCUCAGGACAUUGAUGAUGACUGGGUAAAGGACAGGAGGAAAGAAUUCCAGGAGGUCAUCGAUGCCAAUCACGAUGGAAUUGUCACCAUGGAAGAGCUGGAGGAAUACAUGGAUCCCAUGAACGAGCACAACGCGCUCAACGAGGCGCGGCAGAUGAUCGCCGUGGCCGACGAGAACCAGAACCAUCACCUGGAGCUCGAGGAGAUCCUCAAGUACAGCGAGUACUUCACAGGCAGCAAACUCAUGGAUUAUGCCCGGAAUGUCCACGAGGAAUUCUGAGCCUGUUCCCUCCUCCUCCAGCACUUUCUGCUUCCCAAAAAAAAAAAAAACAAAAAAAAAAAAACCAAAAAAAAACCACCCAGGGAAAAAAAAAAGGACUCGACCAAGCUGCGGAAAUUCUUUGCUGCUAUCGCCGCUCCUCGCUCGGUGGUGUCCCGGAUUCCCGACUUUCCGUCCAUCCCUGGCAUCUGCAGCUCUUUGGAUUGCUUGCCCUGCCAGCAGAAAUCAUGGAAAAGGCCUCGAUUCUGGCAGUUCUCCCUGGUUUGUGCUGGUAAAUCCAGCUGGAAUUCCGGCUGCUUUGCCUGGUUUAAUAUUCCCUUGUUGCCCUCACAGCUGCUGAUCCAGGGAAUCCCAAAUAAAGGUUGGAUUUUGGGAAGAGAACAGUGAUUCCAAGGAAUGGUUGAGCUCCUGGGAAUAUCUCCACACAAUUCCUCACAGCUGCUGAUCCAGGGAAUCCCAAGUAAAGGUUGGAUUUUGGGAAGGGGAUGGUGAUUCUAAGGAGUGUUUGAGCUCCUGGGAAUUGCCCUCACAGCUGCUGAUCCAGGGAAUCCCAAAUAAAGGUUGGAUUUUGGGAAGGGGAAUGGUCAUUCCAAGGAAUGUUUGACCUCCUGGGAAUAUCCGCACCCAAUUCCAGUGGUUUUCUCAACCUCCUGAAGAGUUUUUUGGGAAUUUAAUGGAAAUUUCCACCUCUUUUCAGGAGCUGGGGAAGAAUUUAUUUGAAAUGUUACAGAAAAACUGUUUGGAAUGAAAAUUAAAUUAAUUAAAUUAAAUAAAAAAAUGAUAGAUUUUGUGUUGACACCUGCACUGGGCAUGGGAGAUUACAGCUUAAAAAAUCAGAUUUUGGUCUAAAAUAAAACAGUUUGAAUUUUUUGGGGGAGUUUGAGCUGUUGGACAGAGCAGUGGGAAUCCCCAAGGGGUUUGAUGGCUGCUAAAUUAAAAUUCAUUGGCAAAAUUAAUGAGCUUUCUGCUAAUUAAUGCUGUUAAUGAGCUGGUAAUGAUGAAUUUGGGGGGAAUUACAGGCUUUGGGUAAGCUCUGAAAGCAUCUCUGUCCAAAGUAAAAUUGAUUUUUCCUCUGCUUCCAUCUUUCCUGGGGAAAAAAAAACCCUCUUUGGGAAAGAAUUCCUGAAAAUUGGAGAUGUUAUAUUUGAUUAAAUUUAUUCUCUGAAUAUAAUGUAAAUACAAGAAUUUCUGUCUCUCUUUCACUCUUCCUCUUCUUUAUUUGAUGUUUUUAUUAAACACCUUGGAUAAGA